UGUAAAGUGAAGUGUUUGAUAAAAAUUGAACAGCAUUGCAAGUGUUGGGGCCACUCUGAGUCAAGAGUCAGCUGACGACGGAGCUUCCAAGAGAGAGAGAAGCAAAGUGGGGAUUAAGAGUGGUGUAUAGUGUCAGCGGAACUCUCCUCCAGUUCAUUUUUCCCAAAGUUCUUGGACUGGAUGGUUUAAUAACUUCCGAAAAACCAAUCCGGCUCGAUCAUAAAUACUCCCGUUGAUCGUGUACAUCAACAUUUAGUUGCGAUCGCGCAUGAUCACCAGACAGAUCAUCUCUCUGGGCUUGGAGCUUUUUUUUCCCAUUUCAGGGGGGAAAAUGUGUGCUAUUGAAAUUUCUCAAGUGCCUUAUCAAUCUCUGAAGGAAGUCUGUCAGUGUAUUUAGCUGGAGUGUUCCCAAGUGUGACUUAAUCAGCUACUGAUCAUUUUAUCGUUGAGAUGUGUAUUGUACGGUAUUUAAAACAAGAAGAGAAAUAAAUUCAAAAAUUCUCUUGCAUUUGCUGCACAUUUUCUCAUUCCAAGACUGUUUGGUGUUUUGUUUUUUUUUCUGUGUGAUAGCUAAAAUUGUGCUGUAAGUUGUAAUUGGAUCUUGGAACAAUUAAAAAAAAUAAGCAAACGUCUGACCUUCCAGAAUUUUCUCCAGGAAUUUUCCAUAAGAGAAAAUUGUGUUCCAAAGUGAAGAAUUUUCUUUACAUUCCAAGUGAACUGAAUAAAGAGAGCCGAAUGAUCUUCAAUUGUGUACUCAAACAUUUAUAGUGUCAAUCGUCAUAAAAAGCUAAACACGAUCACGAUCAUUCCCGGUAUUUGAUUAACUGAUCAAUCGAAUUGGAGGCGAACCAGAGAGGAGACAAAUUGAUCACCUAUUUAUCCAAAGUGCUAAAUGCAAUUGCAUCAUACACUUUACAUUUAAUGAUCUCUAAAUGUACGAUCACUUCAAUGGUUGUCAUAAAAGGUAUUAAGUAGUUGAAAUACAGCCGUGCUUUUCAAAUAAGCCACAUUGGGCGGAGAUUUUGCGGGAAAAACCUACCUCGAAAAUGAUAUCAUUUGAUCGUGGUGCGUGAAAGUAAUUCUUGGGAAUAUCACAAAAAGAUCAGCAUAGAUGAUCAUUAACUGACGAUCAGUGAAAAGAGGCAUAAUCAAAUGAACCAACUGUCGCUGUCGAUGAUCUCAGAGUAUAAAUAAUUUCAAUUUUGCCCACAAAUAUUUUCCACAUUCCUGUCUCCCGAUCCUCGAACAAGUGAACAUUUUUGUGUGAUAAUUAAAAAAAAUAUUUUUUUCAACUUGUUGUUAUAAUCUUGGUCAAUAAAUUUGUUGACUGAUCAACAAGAUCUUUUGUCAGUCAAGUGAUAAGUGACUGCCAGAGAGAAACAUAUUUUUUUUGUUUUUGGAUGGACGCCCCAAAUACUGAUCAGUCUCACAAAGAAAAUCCACUAUCAAAAAUGUGAAUAGACUCUCCUCCAAAAGUUUCAUCAAAAAAGUUCGUGUUUAAGUGUAUCAGUGACUACAAAUUUAAUUUUUAAUUGAAUUCUGUGUUAAAAUAUCUCAACGAUGGCAUUGCUAAAAUCGAAAGAUGGGAAAGAUGACCCGGAUUUAGCAGCACAAAUCCUCAAAAUGGACUCACCACUUCCCCUAAAACUAUCCGGACAAGAUACCGGAUGGGGAUAUCAAAAUACUCUGAUGUAUGGUCGCUACACAAAAGAUCUAGGUGAAUAUGCAAAAGAUGAAGCGAGAAGACUUAAAUUGCUCGAACGACGACGGAAACAGGAGGACAAAGCAAGAAACAAGGAACUCCUUGGACACCGUGACAGUCGCUGCUUCAAGAUCAUGUCAUGGAUUUGGUGUCAUUCCGUGUCUCGGAUGGGCGAGGACUGGAUAUUUCUGGCACUACUGGGUAUCAUAAUGGCUCUAAUCUCAUAUGUGAUGGACAAAGGAAUUUCAAUGUGUACAAAUGCGCGCAUUUGGCUCUAUCGCGAUCUCACGUCUCAGCCAAUUGCCCAGUAUUUUGCCUGGAUCUCCCUUCCGAUUGCCCUAAUCCUCUUCUCUGCCGGCUUCGUGCACCUCAUUGCACCACAGAGCAUCGGAUCCGGCAUUCCUGAGAUGAAAACCAUCCUGCGUGGCGUUGCACUAAAGGAAUACCUCACGUUCAAGACACUAGUGGCCAAGGUGAUAGGACUCACAGCCACACUGGGCAGUGGACUACCACUGGGGAAGGAAGGUCCCUUUGUCCAUAUUGCCAGUAUUGUUGCACAGCUCCUCAGCAAAUUAGUCACAUCCUUCCAUGGCAUUUACGAGAACGAAUCGAGGAACUCUGAGAUGCUAGCUGCAGCCUGUGCUGUUGGUGUGGGAGCCUGUUUUGCAGCUCCGGUUGGAGGUGUUCUUUUCAGUAUUGAAGUAACAACGACGUACUUUGCCGUGAGAAACUACUGGAGAGGCUUCUUUGCUGCAGUCUGUGGUGCUACAGUGUUCCGGUUACUAGCUGUGUGGUUCCAAAAGGCGGACACAGUCACAGCUAUGUUUCCCACAAACUUUACCAUGGACUUCCCCUUUGAUCCACAAGAGCUCUUCGUGUUUGCACUUAUUGGGGUGGUCUGUGGUUUGACAGGAGCCCUGCAUGUUUGGGUGCACAGGAAGUAUGUCCUGUUUAUGCGGUCCAAUAAGCGGAUCAACAAAUUCCUCCAAAAAAAUCGGUUCCUCUAUCCUGGACUUGUGACACUGAUGGUGUGUUCCAUCUCCUUUCCACUCCUAUCGGGUCAGUUUAUUGCUGGAGAAUUGAGUACACACGAUCAGGUAGUGCAGCUCUUCACGAACUUCACGUGGACUAAGCCAGAACUCACUGUAGAACAGGCUGCUAUUGUAAAGUACUGGACAACACCCUACACCAAUGUCUUCGUUAGUUUAGCUUGCUAUACAAUUUUCACGUCUAUCUUCUCCAUUAUUGCAUCAACCAUACCAGUACCUUCGGGCAUCUUCAUCCCAGUAUUUAAGAUUGGUGCUGCCAUGGGACGUCUGGUAGGGGAAGCUAUGCACCUGUGGUUCCCCAAUGGUGUCCGCUACGGAGGAAAACUCUCUCCCAUUAUACCUGGAGGCUAUGCUGUUGUUGGUGCUGCUGGAUUUGCUGGUGCUGUUACUCAUACUGUUUCCGUGGGAGUGAUUGUCUUCGAGAUGACCGGACAGAUCACACAUUUGGUGCCUGUGAUGAUAGCCGCGUUGAUAUCCAAUGCCAUCGCAGCUCUGCUUCAACCGUCUAUAUACGACAGUAUCAUCCUGAUUAAGAAGUUACCCUACCUCCCAGAUCUGUUGCCUUCUAGCUCAGGGAUGUACAGCAUCUACGUGGAAAACUUCAUGAUACGAGAUGUGAAGUACAUCUGGCAGGGAAUCUCGUACCAGCAACUGAAGGAGGUACUAAAAGCCAAUAAAACAAUGAGAGGCUUUCCCCUGGUGGAUGACCCGGACAAUAUGAUCCUGCUGGGGUCUGUGCAGCGCUAUGAACUGAUAAAGAUGAUUGAUAAGCACAUAGGCCGAGAUAAAAGGCUUCAAGUGGCAGCCAAAUGGCAGAAAGAGGCUCAGGAAAGGGCUAGAGAGGAGCAGGAGCGUAUAAAGCGGGAAGAGAGUGAUCGUCAGAGGCGUCCUUCACGCUUCGAAGUGAUGCCAGCACCAGAUAUUCUCACCCUUCGGCAAAUUGCAAACAAUGAAAUGCUUCCGCCGCAGGCAAAGAAAGUACAGGCUCUAAAUAAUCCCGUCCUGGGUUCUCAGCCCAAGAAAUCCAUUCUCAAGAAGACCAAUUCCUUCAAUCUCAAGGGAUUCUCUCCACUGUCCCCACACAGCCCAGUCGCUACACCCUAUUCCACAAUCACCGGAAAUGAGAGUCGCAUCAGAUCGGCCUUUGAGAUCAUCUUCAGGAAAUCAGCUACACUGCAAGACGUUCAACCUGAUCCGGAAGUUGGAUCUCUGGGAUCUCCAUCGAGUCUUGGUCCGGAUUCGGCUCCACUGAGCCCUAGUAUCUCGAAGAAGGUACAACUGCCCAGGGAGAGGGUGAUUGAUAUGUCACCGGAAGAUCAGAAGAUCUGGGAAUUGGAGGAAAUGGCUAAGCCAAUUGAUCUCACGGGUGCAAAUGUACACAUUGAUCCUGCACCCUUUCAGCUCGUGGAGCGUACCUCACUCCUCAAGGUUCACUCACUAUUCUCCAUGGUGGGUAUCAAUCACGCUUACGUCACGAAGAUCGGGAAGCUCGUAGGCGUCGUGGGACUCAAGGAGCUGCGACAAGCAAUUGAGGAGGUCAACAGUGGAACAACUCCGUCAAAACCUCCGCAGGAAGAGGAGCUCGUAUCAGUACCAGUGACCCCUCUGACGCCCCAAGAGGAGCCCCUGUUGCAGAAAAGCAAUGUAAAUGUCAACAAUACAGUCUCCUCCAUGGAUUCUGCCCUCUCCAAUUCCGACAAUUGCUCAGACAUCGAACUGGACAACAUUGGGAAUAGUGGUGCUAAAAAGAGGGCAGACUGAUUGAAAGAGGAAGGGUCAAAGAGUGCCAAAAUGUUGUGAUUUCUGCGCUAAAAAAAACAGAAACAUUUAGUGAAGAAGCAGAAGAGAGAAAUCUUCAGCAACAAUGUUGAUUUAUACGAUAAUUGUGAUUGUGUUUUGUUAAUAAUUUUAAUAAUUUUAUUUUUUAAUUUUACAUCUUCCAUAAGACACCGUGAAUUGUAUUUGUUCCCUGCAAUAUUUUUUUUUGUAAAAAAGAAAGAGUAUCACGAAUGAGAGAAACAAUAAGACAAUUCUAUAAUGUGCUUUACUCAGAGACAAAACUGAAAAUAAUAGUGUUUAUGUUUUAAGUUUUUUUUUUGCAAUAUUUCAAAUUUUACCAUCCUCGGAUGAAUACGAGUGAGAAACAGCCUAAAAACCAUGUUGAACAAUUUUACCAUUAUAUAAAAUAUUAAAAAAAAGGAAAAGAAAAGCGAAAGGAGAACAUUUUAAAAGUGUACCAAAUAAAAAGACAUUUUCAUAAACCAUACAAGAAA